AUGGAUAAAUCGAGAAAAUUGAAAUUCCAGCGGCAUACAGCGCUCAAUGACAUUCAGUCCAUUUUUGAUUUGGGUAAUAGAGCAGUGUCGGACUUGAGUUUAAGAUCGUUGUUUAAAAUUAGAGUUAGUGAAAUAGAUUUGAUCAAGGACGAAUUUUUAAAGCAGCAUACAAGCAUUAUUAAUAAUGUUUUGUCGGUACCGGAUUCAGAUACGGGGGACGAAGAAAAAGUCCGAGAAUUAUUCUUGGACUUAUUCUACAAAAUAAAAGUUUUUGACGCGGAAUUCUUUGGGUCACCAUCUGAAAGUCCAGGUCCAGCGUCUUGUGCUUCCGGCGGAGCUCAUCCUUCGCACAUUCGCUUACCUCGUAUUGAUCUUCCGCAUUUUCAAGGAAAUUUUAUUAAUUUUGCAUCCUUUAUAGACCUUUAUAAUUCGAUAGUGCAUAACAAUGCAGCCCUAGGAAACGUAGAAAAAUUCAAAUAUUUGAAAGGUUGUUUAGACGGGACUCCGCUUAGCUUAAUUCGCAAUUUGCCCAUAACUAACGAUAAUUACCAAGUGGCUUAUGAUUUAAUUGUUAAACGGUACACAAAUGUUCGUCGUUGUGCGACCGCCCAUUGGGAUGCGAUAAUGGGCGUUCAAAAAAUCUCUGCGGUUAACUCGAAAAAUCUAGCUAAAUUAGUAGACACCUUCUUAGAAAAUUUAGCCGCAUUGAAAACUUUAGGCCUUCCCACUGAGCAUUGGGAUUUCAUUAUGUUCAAUUUGCUUUUGUCGAAAUUAGAUGUUGACUCCAUUAAGUUAUUCGAGUUGGAAAAUAAGUCUAACGAAAUUCCUUCAUUUAAAAAAUUAGUAGCGUUCAUCGAAACACAAUACAUCGCGUAUGAUAAUUUAGACAGUAGUAUAGGUGGGGGAAAGAAGUCGUCGCGGGCCCCAAAUAACACGGAGCCAAAGGCCAACUCCAGGCACCAGACUGGUGAUUCAAGGCACAAUCGUAGUAGCUCGUCGUUCGUGAUAAAUUCGUCUUCAGUAUGUUGCGCUCUAUGCAAACAAAGCCAUUAUCUCAACCAGUGUUCGUUGUUCUUGAAAAAAUCGCCAAAAGAGAGAUAUCAGUUUUGUAAAGAGUCUUCUUCCUGUUUUAAGUGUCUUAAUCAGGCUAACCAUUCAGUCAAGUCGUGUCCUAAAUCCUUCAAAUGUAGGAAAUGUAGUAGUCAUCUCCAUAAUAGUUUGUUACACUUCGAUAGAAACCGUUCCAAUAGUCAGUCGUCCUCAGAAAAUAAUAGUCCAGGGACAUCGGGAAUCGAAUCGUCUCCUGAAGUAUCCCAUUGUGCCGCUAGUUUUGUAGGAAAUAAAAAUGAAACCAAAAAGGAAAUCUUGCUCGGUACUGUUUUGGUUCAUGCGAUUGACAGUAAAGGGUGUAAACAACCCUUAAGAUGUCUUAUUGAUUCGGGUUCGAUGAGUUCGUUCAUUAGUCGAAAGGCUGCCAAUCGAUUGGGAUGGCCUAAAACUCCUUGCUCGUUCGAAGUUAACGGACUCAAUUCGAUGCAAACUAAACUGAAUCAGGGUCAAAUAAGUUUCUCUAUCCAACCUCGUCAUCAGGAGUCACCGGUGUUUCAUUUGGAGGCUAUUAUCACAGAUCGGGUUUGCUCGGAUUUGCCCAGCACCCAAAUAGAUAUUUCUGCUUGGAAUUAUAUUAAAAAUUUGAAGUUAGCUGACCCCAAAUUUAAUUGUAGUCAAUCGGUCGAUUUGUUAAUUGGUUGUAGUAUAUUUUCGAAGGUGUUGUUAGAGGGUAAAAUUGAAGGUAAACCGGGACAACGUGAUGCCCUAAAUACCGUUUUUGGAUAUAUUUUGUUGGGCCCAACUAGCACACCUAACCUUUCGUCAACUUGUUCUUCUUCUUCGUCGCUUGUUUGUCUUUCAAAUGUGGAAGACUCGUUAGAUUCUUCGUUAAGGAAAUUUUGGGAACUGGAGAACAUACCGGAAGAGCCAGUUUCAGAACCGGAAGACGUUCUGUGCGAAACCAUUUAUCGGGAAACACAUAGUCGGGACGUCUCGGGAAAAUAUGUUGUGUCUUUGCCUUUUCGUGAAUCGCCGCCUUGUUUGAAAGAUAGCUAUGAUGUUGCUUUAAACAGAUUUAUUUCGUUGGAACGUCGCUUGUUUCGUCAGCCGGGUUUGCAAAAGGAUUAUUCGUCCCAUAUGCAGGAGUAUAUUGAUUUAGGUCAUAUGCAAUUGGUUCCUGAGGGCGAAAAGACAAAGGGAAAGUAUUAUAUCCCACAUCAUUGCGUUGUUAAGUCGGAAAGUGUCUCUACUAAAAUUCGAGUGGUAUAUAAUGCGUCUCAGAAAAGUCCCAGGCUUGGUAAAUCGUUGAAUGAUUAUUUAUUAGUCGGUCCUAAGCUACAACAGGACAUCGUCUCGCUUUUGUUAAAUUUUAGACUUAAUCGUUUUGCGUUGUGUGCAGAUAUUCGUCAGAUGUAUCGUAAUAUUUUAGUAGUUCCUGAGCAUACGGAUUAUCAACGUGUGUUAUGGAGAUUUUCUAGCUUUGAGGAGAUUCAGGAAUAUCGUUUGUUAACUGUCACUUUUGGAGUUGUAUCCUCGCCGUAUCUCGCUCUAAGAACUCUUCAACAACUAGUGUUGGACGAAGGCUCUCGUUUUCCUAAAGCCGCCUCACUCGUUUGUAAUGCUUCGUAUAUUGAUGAUUUUGUUUUCGGUGCUUCGACGCUCGAAGAAGCACAAAGUUUAGCUGAAGAGUUAGUCGCUUUGUUGAAGUUAGGAGGCUUUGAGUUACGGAAAUGGUGUUCGAACGAACCCAAAUUGUUGCCGCAAUUUCCUGAAUCGCAUAUUAAUCCUCAUUCUAUUAAUUUUGAUCCAGAAUCAAAUGGUCCUUCUUUAAAAAUCCUUGGUUUGAAGUGGAUUGCACAGUCCGAUGUCUUUCAAUUUGCAGUCAAAUUGCGGGAUGUCCCUUGUACUAAAAGAUCGUUUUUGUCCGAAUUAGCUCGAAUUUAUGACCCGUGUGGUUAUCUAACACCUAUUACCUUUUUCAUCAAGCAUUUAAUCCAACGACUUUGGGCAACUGGUCUUGAAUGGGAUGAUCGUCCUCCCUCAGAAAUUAUUCGUGUAUGGGAGCAAUAUAAAAAGGUUCCUCCAUCAUUGCGGGAAAAUUCCCCUUCGGAAGAGGUAAAGAAAAGUUUAGUGUUUGUUUCCACUCGUGAGGAACAUUUUUUGUCUUGUUUGUUAGAAAACCAAUCGUCUUUUACCUCUAUCCAAAGAAUUUUGACCUUUAUGUUGCGAUUCGCGCACAACUCUCGUUUGAAAAGGUCAAGACGUGUAGGACCCUUGAGUUCAGUAGAAUUGGAAAGCUCGUUAAUUAUUCUUGUUAGGUUUACACAGGAACAGUAUUUUGAAGACCAGCUUGUAACGAUGUGA